UACACCAAUAGGUUCGAAAGCAACAGACGAACCGAAAGACACGCAACACACCGACUGCUAAUCCUAUUUCUGGUACAGCGCUCCACAGUCACAUCCUGUAUACCAGCAAACUUCCUAGGUGCCUAUUGAUUGUUGAAACGCAACAGCGGAAAGCGCUCCGUGCAGACCGGAAUAGUGGACAAAGCUAGAGCCCAAAGACAUCUUCCCAUUCGCCAACCUUACGAUUACCAAGAUGAGCAAUGGAGAAGAAGCCGACAUCCUUCGGACCAUGGUCCAGGAUCGUGAUCAGCGCAUUCUUUUGAUUCAACGUCAAACACAGGAGCAAGUCGACAAGGAAUCCCGCUUAGAACAGGAAUUAGACGGAGUGAAUAUGGAAACGAAUCGCUUCAAAAUUGCGCAUCAAACGGAAAAGACGCGAUUGUUGCACAGCUUUCAGUCCACCUCUUCACGCCUGGAAUCAGUCCAACGAGACUUGCAGCAGCAAACUGUGACCUUGCAAAAUUACGCGACCGUGGUACAGAAGCAGAAUAAGCCGGACGCCGCGCAGGAUUCGAAUUACGUCAUGCGUAUGCAAGCGCAACUGUGCAAAGCGAUGCACAGUAUGGGCAUUGUGGAUCAUCAGUUCGACCUGAUGCAAGCGGAGGCAGAGGCCCUCGUCAAGUUUCAGAAAGAAUCAAUUGCUCAAACCGCGGAAGAAAAGACUGAGCUGGAAUUGCAGCUCUUGAAUGGGCUGAUGAAUGUGGACAAUGCCAAACGAGAAAUGGAGGCAAAAUUUCAAAAAGAACUGGAUUUGAUUCUGAAAGAAAUCAGCAACAUCAACGAACAAUUGGAGGAAGAUUCGGACGACGAAGAUAAGGGAGACGACGAGGUGGAGAAUGAAGAAGUAGAUGAGGAGGAGAACAAUGCCAAGGAAGAGCUCUUGAAAAUGUUGCAGUCGCGCAAGGAGCAAAUUGAAAAACUCGAAACAGCCACGGAAGAACAGGCAGAAGUGAUUGAAGAUCUUCAGGGACAGCUGGCAGAGUUUGGACCGAUUGACCCCUCGCUGGCCCCGAUUGUCACACCCCGACCGCCGCCACCCGAGACCGACCCUCCCCCUCCAGAUUCUCAAGAUGAGGAAGAGGACUAUUUGGCCAUUGUGGCGGCUCGCUCACGAGCGGCUCAGGCCAUCGUAGGAAGUGAGGACGGUAGUGAUGUAGAAGAUAUGGACGAAAUAGAUCUCCUGAAAUUUGCCAAGUCCCGACUGGCCGGAGAGGAUCCUACCGUUAAAAAUGCUGUGGAGGAGGAGAGCGAAUCUGAGUCAAAUACCGAUUUUGAUGAAUCGAGCGCUGGUGAAGUGGACGAAGAAGAUGAGGAUAUUGUUGAAACGAGUUCGGAGAUGACUCCAGUUCUUAAUGCACUCCCUGGCUCUCUUCUUGGAAACGACGAUGGUUCUAUUGAAUCCGUAGAUGGCGUUAAGAUGGCAGUCGGAACAAACAGUGUUGCGGGUUCAAUUCCGACAAGCCCCGCUCCGGGGCGCGAAGAUGGGACGACGGAUAACCUUUUGGUAACCACAGAAAUGCAGGAUGAUUCUACUGACAGGAAGUCAGUCGACUUUACAGCUGAAUCUUUCGCUACGGCGGCUCAGCAAGAACAGGUAUCGGAAACUCCUGUUAAUCUGCUUGAGUCAUCUACAGAGUCCGCUGAUGAAGCUACCCCAAAUGUGGAAGCAGUUGACAGCUCCAACGCUCAAUCCAUUCUCUCUACGGACUCCUCUGACCAGCCAGACGGCAAUGCUGUAUUCAAUGGCACGAAUACUAUGGACAAAUUGAAUAAUCAAAAUAUUGAAGUAGAGGCCCCAGAGCUUGGCCGUGACGAUGACGAUGCCGCUACGAAAGGAGGCAAUACGCCACCAAAUCCGAUAGAAGGUACCAUUGCAGACCCUACGCUAGAAGAGUCUUUUCUGGCUGAGCCUCAUGUCGAAAGUGAAAAUGCUGUCAAAGAUGAAAUGGCUGUUGCCUCUGAAGCUGAAGUGAAUGGAGUCGAGUUGGAAAAGAAAGAGGCAGUCGAACUGACAGAAACACCACCAGCAACUGCACCGGACAGAGUGUAA